AUGGUGCGGGGCCGGCCAUCACCGCACCUUGGUCCUUGGGGUCGCAGCCAAGGAUGUGGCAGAGACAGUCGAGGUGCUCGCUCUGGUCCUCGGCUCCUCGCCUCGCAGUGGCUGCGCGACGCAGCGAGUGCACAGUCGUUGUCGGCGGCCGCCGUUGCGGCCUCGUCCUCCUCGGAGAUGGCAGCACGUGCGGCCUCCCGAGCCCGAAACGCUGAGCGCAGGGUCGUGGAUGACGGCCGCCGCCGCGGCCUCGUCCUCCAUGGCGCUGGCGACCAAAAGCCCUUCCGGGCCCGCACCGUCGACGCUGCCACCUGGGCCAGCACCGUCGCCACUGCCUCCCAGGCCAGUCUCGCCGCCGCCGUCGCCUCGACUCAUACCUUCCUCACCAGAUCUGCGUUGAUGGGCGCGCAGCGUGCGAUGGGUGGCGGCCUAGCAGGGAACGACGGUAGCACUGUGCGAGAUCCGGAAGGAUGUCAGGCGGGGGGCGCUAGGGUUAAGGGAGGGGUCGGUGUUUUUGUUUGGGGCCAUUUUUGGCGCUUGACACCCGCUUGUGAUUUUGACCCAUUGUUUUGGUGCCUGCAUAUUUCAGUCAUUGCCUUUUUUAUGAAUGUUACUGCCUCACAUGAGUUUUAG